CCCACGACGCCUUUGGUGGCUAAUGGUGGCCGUGGACCCAGUGCCCCUGGGGCUUGCAACCUCACUGUCCAAGUCAGGUCACAAGGGAGUCCAGUGGAGGCCCCCCAGACUCAGACCUUUAUCAUUACUCAAGGCCCCCUCACCUGGAGUACUCCAGGGGCCCUCAGCGGGAGUGCUGCAUGUCCUGCACCCGUAUUCUUAGCAACCCCUGUGAUGGAGACCAUUGUGACUGCUCCAGCUGUUGGAGUUACUCAGGCUGGCAAGGGAGGCUGGACCCCAGGCUUUCCUCCUCAAGCUCCACCACUAGCUGCCCAGCUGGCCCCUAUCAUUUGCCCAGUGAACUAUGGGCCUUGGCCACAUGGCACUUCCAGGCAGGGCAUCCUGGCCACCAACCAGUCCUAUGCCUCGCACGGUGACUGCUCUAACCCCCAGAGCGUGUACAGUAACUUCCGACGUUGGCAGCGCCUCAAACCACUGGCCUGGAGACACCUUCCCCAGAGUCCUGAUGUAGAAGCUCUGUCCUGCUUUCUCAUCCCAGUGCUUUGAUCCCUGGCCCGCUUGAAGCCCACCAUGACACUGGAGGAGGCACUGUGCAGGGCCGUGCAGGAAUGGCAGUGCAGAAGCAACUUUGACCGGAUGAUCUACUACGAGAUGGUGGAAAAGUUCGUGGAAUUUGAGGCCAAGGAGGAGAUGCAGAUUCAGAAGUUGUAGUGGAUGCAGUGUGCGCAGGACCUGCCUCCUCCAGCCCCACCGAAGCUGGAUCCUCGGGGGCCCCCAGCCCCGAAAGUGGGCCUUCAGCCAGGCACCCAGGUUCCCACUGGAGUUGAAGGCACAGCCUGUGUUCCCAGGAUGUCCAGCCCCAGGGCCCAGCCCUCCCGCCCAAAGCCACACAGGUCCCAGCGGCCCCCAGAGCCCAAGGCACCCAAGGAUAUUCCCCCUGAGGCUGUGAGGGAGUAUAUGGACAUCACAGAGGCGCUGGUGGGGCCCGUCCACUCAGCCACAGGCGAGUCAGAUGCAGAAGGUGGAGAGGACGGAAAUGAGCUGAAGCAGGAAGAGGACGGCACCUACUCGGACCCGGGCCUCUUGAGCUACAUUGACAAGCUGUGUUCCCAGGAGGACUUUGUCACCAAGGUGGAGGCAGUCAUUCACCCUCGAUUCCUGGCAGAAUUGCUUUCCCCAGACCCACAGCUGGAUCUCUUGGACCUAGUGGAGGAGCUGGAGCAGGAGGAAGGGCUCACUCCCGAAGAACUGAUGCAGAAAUAACUCCUGGCCUUGAAAGAGGACGAGGGUGUGCGGGCAGCCCCGAGUCACAGUGCACCCGGAAUGGGCUCAAGUCCUUCUGAGUCCAACGCUGGCCAAGGACGAGGAGGAGCUCCCCAGCCUGGCCUUCCUCUUCGGCUCUCUGCUGGGUGUCCCAGAGUCCUGCCCAUGCCUCAAGGCCUGGUCUCCCCUGGAGGUUGGGGGCCCCAGAGUGCUCCCCAUGCCCCCUCCCCUCAGAGAAGAGGCCUCAGCCCAGCUCCACCAGCCGCUCCCAAGUCGAGGAAGCAGGCUCUGUUUGGACACCCAGCCACUGCUGAGAAGCUGCCCAUCCCCGGGGCUGGCCUCUGGGUGUCUGGGAGGCCAGCCUUGGCUCUGGGGCCGGCUCUCCCCUCACAGCCAAGAAAGAGAAAGCGUGACCCGUGUGUCACAGAGAAGAGUAGGAAGAGGAGAAGAAGCACUGCAGCCAGUAGGGAACAGCUGGGCCGGCCCUCCAGGGCGGCUCCCAGGGGAGCCUAG